UGAGACUUAAAUGAUAUGUGGCACGAGAGUGAGAUUUUUUUCCAACAAUGAGAGAGCAGUGUAAGGUGAGACGCGCCUACACAAUCCAUAAUCGCUAGCCUGUGGGGGUUGCCACAGAAUAGAAGUAAUAGUACCCACGCUCACUCGUCAAGCGCGGUAGAUUGCCUUAUUGUUGGGAUGUAUCGCAUAAACCAUCCUCCGUCAGCGUGUAUGAUAGCCUCAAGGCAGUAUGGACCGCACGACAAAUUGAAAGACAUGGAGAUGUUCGUCAAGCGUAUAGGCACUGCCAACAUCCGAAAGCAGUCAAACCGACUCAAGUGGAUAUGAAGGAGAGCCAUGUCUUCACGAGAGCCAUAUUGGUUUUCAUUUCGCAAUUCUCCUCACGAAGACCAACCACCAGCAACGACACUCUCCCGGACUACAUCGCCAUCACUAUGGUAUUCCUUCGCUCCAUCCUCACUCUUCUCACUGGCACGGCCCUUGUGGUUACCUCUGCCCAACCCUUCCUACCCGGUGCUUUUAACGAGAAGGAAAUCACCGAGGAGGACAUGGAGAUGUUCAACCAAGCAUUUGAGAGGUCUAACCUUAGCUGCGACCCAAAAGUCGACAAACUCGAGACGCAAGUGGUAGCCGGUACCAACUACAAGUUCACCGUGUUAUGCCAGUGCGGCACCAACUGUGAGCCGGACAAGUAUGAAUUCACUAUCUACAAACCGCUGGACCAGAGCUUAGUGCAAACAGUUACGUAUGAGCGCGUGCAGUAGAUCGAACACACUUUGUUAAGGUCGAAGUGGCUCAGAUGGAUUAAUUGGAAUGCAAAUACCUUUUUCAUCGACGAUGUAUAAAGCGACACAGCAUCGGAUUAUUGCUCAAUUCUGGAUACCGACCAUGUGCC